CGAGCGCGCCCCCACCCUGGACGAGCGCGCACGCGUGCGUCGCAACUGUCAGCAAAGCGCCACCGCGUGCGUAAACAGCUGCAGCCUGCCAGCUCGUGGAACGUGCAGAUGACUUGAGCAGGGUCGGGGAAUUAUCGCUCCGAUUUGGAGACUGCAGGGUUUUUUAUUGUAAGCAUUACUGGCAUGAGCGGCUCGAUUGAACGGCGAAAGAGAGAAUGAGAAUCGUGGAUUUUGUUUCCACUCAGCACAGAAGAUAACUGACUCUAAAGCCAUGAAGAAGGACAUAGACACACUGAUAGCAGAAGAACGUGCUGACAUCAUUUCCAAAUAUGACAAGGGCAGGCAAGAGGGUGUCAGGAUUGACCCUUGGGAGGAUGCUGACUACAGCAUCUAUAAGGUGACGGACCGCUUCGGCUUCCUGCAUGAGAAAGAGCUACCGACGCCCAGUGUGCUUGAAGAAAAGCAAAAGCAACAAGAGCUUGAGCGCGUGGGGAAGUGGCUAAAGAUGGUGAAGAACUGGAGCAAGUAUAAGAACAGUGACAAAUUGGUGAAGCGUGUUUAUAAAGGCAUCCCCCUCCAGCUAAGAGGCCAGGCCUGGGCUUUACUUUUGGACAUAGAGAAGGUUAAAAAAGACAAUGAGGGAAAAUAUGAGAAAAUGAAGCAGCAGGCUCGCAGCUUCUCCACAGAGAUCAAACAGAUUGACUUGGAUGUUAACAGAACCUUCCGGAACCACAUCAUGUUCAUGGACCGCUUUGGAGUCAAGCAACAGGCACUCUUUCAUGUACUAGCAGCCUACUCUGUCUACAACACGGAGGUGAGCUACUGUCAGGGGAUGAGUCAGAUUGCUGCUAUCCUGCUCAUGUACCUGAAUGAGGAGGACGCCUUCUGGGCUUUGUCCCAGCUCCUCACCAACAGCAAACAUGCCAUGCAUGGUUUCUUCAUCCCGGGAUUUCCCAAACUGCACCGUUUCCAAGCCCACCAUGAGCGGAUACUCUCCAAAAUGCUGCCUAAACUGAGGAAGCACCUGGACAUGGAACAGAUGUCAUGUGGGGUUUACACCACUAAGUGGUUCCUCCAGUGCUUUAUUGACAGAAGCCCCUUCACACUCACCCUGCGUUUAUGGGACAUCUAUAUUCUGGAGGGGGAGAAGAUGCUGACGGCCAUGGCUUACACAACCCUCAAGUUACACAAGAAGCGUUUGCUGAAGUUUCAGUUGGAGGACCUGAGGGAGUUUCUUCAGGAGCAGCUGCCUGCUUCGUUCUUACUUCCAGAUGACAUAGUGGUGGAACAACUACAGGCUGCCAUGUCGGAGCUACGCAGUAAAAAGUUGGACCAACCUCCUCCGGCAAAGUCAGAGGAGCUACCAAAGAAGCCCCUUGGUCAAGAGAGGCCGAUUCACCUGCUCCCUCUGCAGCCAAGCUGUCCUCUUGAAGUCAAAAGUGAUCUGCAGCCCAUCAGCCAGUCUAAUAAGGAGAGCAUCACCCCAGAGCACACCAACCCCCAAGCCUCCAAAAGCCACAGCAGGUCAAGCACACCCUCCCUGCUAGCGCCUGAUUCAGCUGCAUUGCUUCCAAAAGUGACACCGAGGUGUAUGCCUUCCAGAGCACCUCCGUUACCUCCCAAACCAGCAAAACCCUGCGCCGAGGUAAAUGAUGCCAAAGAUGUGAAGGGAAGGGUCCCUGAAAAAGCUCAAGGAAGGAAACUUUGUGCAGCCCCAGACACUCAGGAGGAGCCUAUAGAAUGGCCCCCACCCUAUGAAGUCACUUCUCUGGAUGAUCCUAGCAUGCAUGCAGAGAUGUUGGACUUGCCAGAGCUGCCACCUCCACCAUUGUUUUACUCUACAGAAGAAGAGCAAACAGUUAGUCCACCGGCCCAGAACCUUUGCCCGCCCCCAUCGGUGGCAACAUUAAAGCAUUCUCCAGAGGCGCCAACCAAGUCGCUGGUGUCUUCUCCCUGCGGCUUCACAUCAUCUUCCUCUCCUAGGCACCCUCCCCCCAAGCCCACUAAAUUUCCAGUGUCCCUGUACGUUCCAGCAUCUACGGCCGACAGGCGCCCUUCCAACACCUCCCAGUACGACAACCUUUCCGAAGCUGAUGAUGACGAUCGCUGCCCAGAGAGGUUGUUGGGCUCCACCCCCGAGGAGGUUCCUGUCCACAGAGACUACGACCCCGCUCUAUAUCCGGUGCCUCCACCUCCCAUCUUCAUCCCGUCAUCACCGUCUCCUCUGCUGUCCUUGCACUGCACUCUUCCCAGUUUGCCUCAGGAGUCAGAAUAUGAAGGAGAUGACCGCUGGGUGGAGGGCUCCAUUAUCAUCCCAUCUCCUCCGCCCAACUUUGCAGACAGACUCUCUCCCCAGCCGUGUCACACAACCACCUCGCCCCCUACUUACUCUAAGCCUUUCACUCGGGGCCCCAGGGACCAUUCUGCCUUCCCGGCGCCACUCUUAUACACCAGGUCUCCCCCGGGCCACCCCAGGUUCUCAGGACAGUCUGCGUUGGGAGUGCCUGAGGUGCGAUCCAGCUCAGACUUUUGCAGGAUGCCUCCUGACGGACAGCAGCCUCCAAAGUCGAUCACCUUUUAAAGUACACUUCACAUACCAGAAUGAAGCAUUUGAGUUAAAA